CACCCAGGUAAAACUUGUGUAUUAACUACUAAUACCCACCUCGCCUUCAGCCACUCUUACACAGUCAAAACACUCUUCGGGGACUACAAAUAUAUUUUACAACAGGGAGUACUUUAUUCACAGGACAAAACUCUUUGCCACAGAAAUGGAAGCCUUGCCAUCUCUCACCUAUCCAACCCGCUGUCGAGCUGAAAAGGCGCCUAUUCUUUCAAGCGUCUGCAUAUUUAUAGGAUAAUUAGCCCACGCCUACUUUUUUUCAGAACGUUCCAUAUCUUCCAAGAGCGGGGGGAGAACACGUCCACUGAUCUUUUUUUUUAUCACGUCUGUGUAUAUUAACCGCGUCCCAGAAAAAUAAUCAAACCAAAACACCAAGAUAGGUUUUCAUUAUUUCGAUAUCCCCCCAAACCGCGGCUAUGAGAGACUUCUAUGAGUCUGAUGAAGGGCUUGGCCACCCCUGAAACUAGAAUGGUAGAUGCCGCAGCGGAGCGCGCUCUCCUCAGUUGGUGGCUCAGCCGCAGAGCGGUGGAUUCGCCGCUGCUUCAUUGAUUCCCGCCAAGGGGCCUCGAGAGCUGGUGGGUUGAGGGGCAUGGAAUGAACUGAAGCGAACUAUUCCGCUCCGGAAUCUAAGUCGGUUCGCCGCAGCCCCACGAACUGCCCCGUCACGAUGGCGGAGGACGAGAUGAAAGUGCCUGAGGAUAUGUUCAAAGAUGUGAAGUUUUACCCAGUCGGUGACCUGGACCCUAAGGUUGUUCAGAUGUUAAAAGCUGGAAAGGCAAAGGAGGUUUCGUAUAAUGCCCUUGCUACACACAUCAUUGCAGAAGAUGGUGAUAAUCCUGAGGUUGGAGAAGCUCGUGAGGUUUUUGAUCUUCCUGUCGUAAAGCCAUCUUGGGUGAUCCUGUCUGUUCGCUGCGGAGCCCGUCUUCCGGAAAAUGGAUUUUCUCCAGAAUCUGGUCAGAUAUUUUUUGGGGUAACUGCUUGCCUUUCCCAGGUAUCCCCUGAUGAUCGCAAUUCUCUUUGGGCACUCACUACUUUUUAUGGUGGGGACUGUCAACUAAAUUUCAAUAAGAAAUGUACUCAUUUGAUUGUUCCUGAACCAAAAGGGAACAAGUAUGAAUACGCUUUCCAGCGGGGAAACAUAAAAAUUGUUACACCGGAUUGGGUUUUGGACUCCGUGUCUGAGAAGACCAAAAAGGAUGAGGCACUUUACCAUCCUAGACUAAUUGUUUAUGAAGAAGAGGAGGAAGAAGAAGACGAAGAGGCAGAGAAUGAAGACCAAGAAUCUCAAAAUGCCAGUGACGAAGAUAAAUAUUCCUCUAAAUCAAGCCCAGUUUCAUCUCGCGACGGAUCUCCCGUACCCAAUCGAAAGUCUUCUCCAAAGCGAAGCAGCUCAGAUAAAAUAAAAAGUGAACUCAUGUUUGAUGAUUCAUCUGACUCUUCUCCUGAGAAACCGGAAAGAAAUCUGAACUGGACACCUGCAGAAGUCCCACAGAUGUCCACUGCGAAACGACAACUGCACCAAGGCAAGGAUUCUGGACUUAUUAAUUUAUGUGCUAAUGUUCCUCCUGUGCCAGGAAAUAUACUGUCCCCCGAGGCACGAAAUAAUUUGCUCACUUCCCUCCCAGGAGCCCCUGGAUCAGAGAGACCAGAUAUGAUGGCUUUCCGCAGUCCAGCAGUGAGAACACUAAGAAACAUCACUAAUAGUGCUGAUAUACAGCAAGUUAAUAGGCCGUCCAAUGUUGCACAUAUUUUGCAGACUUUGUCAGCUUCCACUAAAUCUUUAGAGCAACAAGUAAAUCAUCCCCAGCAAGGCCAUACAAAUGCAAUGUUAUUUGGUCAAGUAAAACUUUUGACAUCUGAAGCACAGCAUUUGCAACAGUCACAUCCACCUCAACAGCAGCAGCAGCAGCAGCAGCAGCAACAACAACAACAUCAUCCUCUUGUACAGCUUCAGCCCCAACAGCUUUUACAAUUGCAGCAACAGCAACAACAAAUUACGCAGCAGGUUUUCCCACAGCAUCAGUUUCCCCAAGCGAAUCAACAGCAUCCUUUCACGCAGCUACAGUUUUCUCAGCAACAGCUGCAUCCUCAACAGCAGCUACAUCGCCCACAGCAACAAACUAUACAACAUUUCCAGCAACAGCAUGCGCUACAGCAGCAACUGAAUCAGCUGCAACAACAGCAUCUGCAGCAGAAACCCCAAACUCUGCAGCAGAACAUGCAACAGCAGAAUCUCCAGCAACAAAACCUUCAGCAAAUUAUUCAGCAUCAACAGUCCAUCCAGCAAACCCCAUCACAGCAACAGGCUCUUCAGCCUACUAUUCAGCAACAACAGAUGCUUCAGCCAAACAUUCAGCAGCAACAAACACUUCAGUCUAAUCUUCAGCAACAGACCCUUCAGCCAAUCAUUCAGCAGCAGAAUCUUCAGCAGAGCCUUCAACAGAUUCAACAGCAACAGCAAAUACAGCAUUUGACUCUUCAACAGAAGCAGCAAAUUCAGCAGCACUCUCUUCAGCAACAACAGAUGCUUCAGAAACAGCAACUUCAGAGCCAGAGUCUCCAGCAGCAGCAGCAGCAAAUGCAGACACAUGUUCUUCAGCAGCAACAGAUUCAGACACAGGCGCUGCAGCAACAACAAAUACAGAACCAGGCUCUUCAGCAGCCACAGCAAAACCAAGUACAAACACAUUCUCUUCAGCAGCAUCAUCUGCAGCCACAAACUCUGCAGCAACAGCAUCACGUGCAGGGGCAGACUGUUCAGCAGACACAUCAAUUACAGGCCCAAACGCUCCAACAGCAGCAGCAACAUCAGAUUCAGACACAGAAUCUUCAGAUUCAACAACAAAUUCCAGCACCAAACCAACAACAUCAGAUCCCACCGCAAAUGCUUCAGCAGCAAACGCUUCAACUUCAACAGCAAAUAAAACAGCAGCAGGCCCUUCAGCAGCUGCAGCAACAGCAAUUACAGCAGCAGCAGCAAACACUUCAGCAGCAGAUUCAACAGACAACAGUUCAGCAGCACAUGCAGCCACAGAUACAGCAGGUUGCACUUCAGCAGCCACAAAUUCAGUCCGGAGUUGCACAGCAGUCCUCCCUCCAGCCACAGCAAAUGCAACAACAUAAACACAAUCUGCAGCAGGUUCAGCAUCAGCUUCAACAACUUCAACAGCAGCGGAUGCAGCAGCGACAAAUGUCAUUACCCCUACAGAUUGCUAAUCAGCAACCGCUACAGCCACAUCAGCUGCAUGGUCAUGAUCCUUCUGUGGAUAUUCCUGAAGAAUUUUUCUUGUUGGGCUGUGUGUUUGCAAUUGCUGACUAUCCAGAACAAAUGCCUGAUAAGCAACUACUUGCAACCUGGAAACGGAUAAUACAGACUCAUGGUGGUACAGUGGAUGCAACACUUUCAAGCAGGUGCACUCAUCUUCUGUGUGAAAGCCAAGUCAGUAGCAUGUAUGCUCAGGCUUUGAAAGAGAGGAAGCGUUGUAUCACUGCUCACUGGCUGAAUGCCGUGUUGAAAAAGAAAAAAAUGGUGCCGCCAUACAGAGCUCUUCAUUUCCCUGUAGCAUUUCCUCCAGGAGGGAAGCCCUGCUCUCCGCAUAUUAUUUCAGUGACAGGGUUUGUUGACAGUGACCGAGAUGAUCUUAAACUAAUGGCAUACUUAGCAGGCGCCAAGUACACUGGAUACCUAUGUCGCAGCAACACUGUUCUCAUUUGUAAAGAGCCCAGCGGCUUAAAGUAUGAGAAAGCUAAAGAGUGGAGGAUACCAUGUGUGAAUGCAUUGUGGCUUUGUGAUAUUCUUCUUGGAAACCUUGAGGCAUUACGUCAGAUUCAGCACAGCCAAUACACCGUAUUUAAUCUCCAGGACCCUCUUGCACCAUCACCUCAUCUGGUCACAAAACUUCUAGAUGCUUGGAGAACGCCGCUGAAAGUGUCCUCAGAACUUCUCACGAGUAUUCGAAAGCCUCUAAAGCCGAAGGAAAAUGAGCCUGCUGUUCAACCUAAACGCCCAAGGAUUGAAGAUAUACCACCUCCAACUAAGAAGUUGUCGCCUGAUCAGACACCUCAUGUUAUGUUCACCGGAUUUGAUCCACUGCAGGUCCAGCAAUAUAUCAAGAAACUGUAUAUUCUUGGUGGAGAAGUAGCAGAUACGGCACAGAAAUGCACUCACUUGGUUGCAAACAAAGUGACCAGGACUGUAAAGUUCUUGACUGCAAUUUCAGUGGCAAAGCACAUAGUUACACCUGAGUGGAUAGAUGAGAGCUUUAAAUCCCAAAAAUGUGUUGAGGAACAGAAUUACAUAUUGCGGGACGCUGAAGCGGAAGUGCUGUUCUGCUUCAGUUUAGAAGAAUCGUUAAAAAGAGCACACAUGGCUCCUCUCUUCAAGGGGAAGUAUUUUUAUAUCACCCCUGGUAUUUGUCCAAGUCUCUCAACCAUGAAAGCCAUUGUAGAAUGUGCUGGUGGAAAAAUAUUAACGAAGCAGCCUUCUUUUCGGAAAAUUAUGGAGCAUAAGCAAAAUAAACGAUUAGCCGAGAUCAUUUUAAUAUCUUGCGAAAAUGAUCUUCAUCUGUGCCGAGAAUACUUUGCUGGCAGCAUCGAUGUGCACAAUGCAGAAUUUGUUUUGACGGGAGUUCUUACACAAGCAUUGGAUUAUGAAUCAUAUAAGUUCACCUGAUCCGAUAUGCAUUCUCCCUGCAUCACAGCUGUGUGGUGAGAGGAACAUUAAAAUUUUUCUUGUCGACCCCGUGUUUCUGAAUCCAUUCACCUCAAUGGAUAUUUGGAUGUAGGCAGAGAAGAAAAAUGAUGUGCAUCUGUUCUUGGGAUGUGUACUUUGUUUAAAUGAAACAUAACUUGUUAUGUUCUGUAUCAUAGUAUGUUCAUAAUAUGGUUUAAAGAGCCUUUGUGAGGUUUGAUUUUUUUUCUCUCCAUUUUUUUUUUUUAUGUACAUGUAAAAUAAUGUUACUUAAAAGUAUUUCUUGUGGGGGGAAAACUCAAUUUGUUUAUUGAAACUAAAAGAAUAAACAUUUUGUAAUUA